AUGGAAACAGAAAACCAGACAUGGGUGAGAGAGUUUAUUCUCCUCGGCCUGUCCAGUGACUGGGACACACGGGUCUCCCUCUUUGUCCUCUUCUUGAUCAUGUACUUGGUGACAGUGCUGGGGAACUUCCUCAUUAUUCUUCUGAUCAGACUGGACAGCCGACUCCACACUCCCAUGUACUUCUUUCUCACCAACCUCUCCCUUGUUGACGUCUCUUAUGCCACAAGCAUUGUUCCUCAGAUGCUGGCGCAUUUUCUUACAGAACAUAAAGCAAUCCCAUUUGUGAGCUGUGCAGCCCAGUUAUUUUUCUCCCUUGGCUUGGGUGGGAUAGAGUUUGCUCUACUGGCAGUGAUGGCCUAUGACCGCUAUGUGGCUGUGUGUGACCCCCUGCGAUACUCGGUCAUCAUGCAUGGAGGGCUCUGUACGAGGUUGGCCAUCACAUCCUGGGCCAGUGGUUCAAUCAACUCUCUCAUGCAGACCAUCAUCACCUUUCAGCUGCCCAUGUGCACAAACAAGUAUAUUGAUCACAUAUCCUGUGAACUCCUAGCUGUGGUCAGACUGGCCUGUGUGGACACCUCCUCCAAUGAGAUCACGAUCAUGGUUUCUAGCAUCGUCUUGCUGAUGACACCCUUCUUCCUGGUUCUCCUGUCCUACAUCCGGAUCAUCUCCACCAUCCUGAAGAUCCAGUCCACAGAGGGCAGAAAGAAAGCCUUCCACACCUGUGCGUCUCACCUCACAGUGGUUGUCCUGUGCUAUGGCAUGACCAUUUUCACUUACAUCCAGCCCCGCUCCAACCCCUCUGUCCUUCAGGAGAAACUGAUUUCUGUCUUCUAUGCCAUUCUGAUGCCUGUGCUGAACCCCACGAUUUAUAGUGUAAGGAAUAAGGAGGUGAAGGGGGCCUGGCAGAAACUACUGGGACAAUUAUCCGGAUUAACAUCAAAACUGGCAACUUGAUGAAUCCUGAACAUCACUUAGAGAAAGGAGCUUUGCCUGUGUUUCCUCCCACUUAACUCAGAUACGGCAGGCAUCACCUGCAUUGCCCUGGCAACCAGGAAGGAGAUGCUGAUACAUGCCCUGG